CGACUCAGAACGCGCACCGUUGUCAUGCGCGUACGCAAGCUGAUAGUAUUUUUUGUGACAGUGUUGAGCGGAGUGUUUUUUAACGGUUUUACUACUUUUGGCAUUACGUAUUAUAUUGAUUGUAUUAGUGAAUAGUUGCGGAUGCCAACCGUAGUGAAAUUGAUUUUCCUCAGUUACUAGAAAGUGGGUCAUAUUUAGUGAACUAUGAGGAGAAGAGAUUCGUAUUAGUGAUUUAAUGGAGUGAUGGUGUUUAGCGAUGCCAGACUGGCGGUACAACGUGCUGUCGACGAGUGAGGCGUUCAUCGAAGCCGAAGGGGGUCCACCUCGUGACCCCUUUGCCGCUAGCUAUCCUCGUCGUGCAGACCGUUCUCGACCCCUGCACACUUGCCCUUACACAACUAUCUUCCAUGGCGCGCGCUCCCACGUUCCUUACCGCCUACCACACAGCGAUGGAGGAGAUCCCUACGCAGAUGCAUAUUCCGUAGAUAGAUCUUCAAAUUUGACCGAUACAUCAAGUUUCGCUCGUUAUGAAGACUGUCGCUCUCCAGUAGAAAGUGUCGCGCACCAAAAAGAUCUAAAUUUCUCCAGUGAAAGAUUGGAUAGUAAUGACGUUGUUCAACAAAAAGUGCCAUACGCAUCUAAUGUGUUUUUUAUAUCGUCUCAAGAAGCUCAACAGAAAGAUGUAAAUGGAGCAAAUUUGUUUGUUGUGAAUGGCUCGGAGUCAGAUGCUUUGUCAUCGUGUACUUGUGACAGUUUUGAGCGAUGCGAGUUUGAUUGUAGAGACUUUGAACCUUUCUCUGAUACGUGUUGCUGCGAUCCUCUCAGUGAUGGCGUGUGCAGUCGCAGUCCGAAAGAGGUGGAAUCGCCUGAACAGUUUUCCGAUGGGGCGGUGGAAGAAGAUAGGACAUCAGUGCGAAGUGAUAUGGACGGGUUGGACUUAGCGUUAUUUGAGCCAGCUCAAACCGAUACUAAAGGAUGUAAUACUAUAGAACAGUCGAACUCAGUCCCAGCAACACUGUGUGGAAUUUUGCAUGUGCUAACAGACGCAAACAAUGAUGUAGCAUCUAGCGCUUCAAGCGGUGCAACAUUGGGUGUACCUCCUUCUUGGGAGCCGUUCUACUGUGUAUUGCAGCAGGAUCGUCGUACACUCACCGCUUACACCAGCGAAGAACUAGCUUCUUUUCCGGGAUUUUACGUCGAUAAGAAUUCGAACAAUGGAGAGUACGCCACACGGAGUUUACCACGAGUAAGAAUUGAUGGUGGCCAAGCUGGUAACCCAGGAGUGAGAUUACGAUGCUGGGCAGCUCCACCUUCAAUCACAGAGGAAGAGGCUGAGGAUGAAAUCGAAGAGGAUGCUGUAUCUCUACGAGCUCUUCCUGUAUCAGAUACAUCGUAUGAAAAAGCAUGUCGACGUGGAUCAGCUCCGAGUACGCCGAUCCCCGGUGGACAAACGCAGCACAGUCCAUCGCGGCUAGCUUCGUUCUUCUUCUCAAAGCGAUCUUUUCGAAGUAACCCCCUCAAGCGAACCAAAUCAGCAAUUAAGUUAGAGCCGCCAAAGGACAGGGUGUCGGCAGUGCCGACUCACCCAGCUACACAUGCCUUACGGACAUCAAGAUCGCAUGAGAGUUUGUUAUCAGCACAUUCCCCCGCAGUUUCUACGAUGGAUUUGGGACCUCCAAAUCAGGUUGAAAUUCGGGCACUACACUCAUCGGUAUUGGGACGACCACAUUGUUUCGCGUUGAGUGCGGAGAAUCGCGCGCCACGAUACUUCGCUUGUGCCUCACGAAAGGAAAGAGAUAGAUGGAUAUAUAGUUUACGACAAGCAGCUCGUCCAGACGAGAUCCGGACGAGGCGGUGUGAAAGAACAGUGAAAUUGUGGCUGUUAGAGGCCAAAGCCAUCCCACCUAAGAAGCGGUACUAUUGUGAAAUUUUACUGGAUGAUACUUUAUACGCAAGGUCUUCCUCAAAAUUAAAAUCAGAACUGUGUUUUUGGGGUGAAGUGUACGAGUUUAGCGCGCUACCAGCCGUACGGGCGAUACACGUCAACGUAUACCGUGAACCCGAGCGGCGCGCACGCAAACGGGACAAACAUGCACUUGUUGGCACAGUACGAAUACCAGUUGACGACGUAUCAUCUCGUUACCUCAAUGAGCGAUGGUACCCAGUGAGUGAAGGCGAUAAGCCUCAAUCCCCCGGACGGUCACCUGCGCCUAUACCCGCGUUACGUAUAAAAUGCCGUUACCAGUGUGUAGAUGUACUGCCGUUGGACUGCUAUGCACGAUUCUUGGAUUACCUUAAGAGGAAUUAUAGGCGGCUAUGCGAGUAUCUCGAGCCUGUUAUUGGUGUAAAAGCGAAGGAAGACAUCGGUUGUGCCCUUGUACUUUGUAUGGCGGGAGCUGGUUUGGCGCCGAGAUAUUUAGCUGAUGUUGUUGCGUUAGAUGUUCGAAGGACAGGAGACCAUUCUCUGACAUUCAGGGGUAAUUCCCUUGCCACCAAGAGCAUGGAAGCUUACUUGAAGCUCGUGGGAGAUCAGUACUUACAAGACACACUAGGCGAAGCAGUAUGCACGGCAGCGGGUCCGAGUGCGGUAGACUGCGAAGUAGACCCUCAAAGGGCGGGCAGCAGCGCAGCCUUAAGACGACAGCAAGCGGCGCUAAGGGACACAGUCACGUUGGCCUGGCGAGCUAUCGCAGCCUCUGCGCCACGCUUUCCGCCUCCAUUGCGGGACUGCUUCGCUACAUUUAGAGAGAGGCUAAUUGCGAUGGGCAGAGAAGAUAUAUCAGACAAUCUCAUCAGUGCAUCAAUAUUUUUAAGAUUUUUGUGCCCGGCCAUACUGUCUCCCAGUCUUUUUGGAAUUACUCAUGAAUACCCGAACGAGCGUGCGGCGCGCAACCUGACGUUGGUCGCGAAAACUCUGCAGACCCUUGCGAAUUUCACUCGGUUCCAGGGAAAGGAAGCUUUUAUGGAGUUUCUCAAUGACUUCUUAGAACAGGAGGCGCCCAAUAUGAAGGCGUUUUUGAGAGCUAUAUCUACUCGACCUCAAGAACAACAAAAUCAGCAGCAACAACAACAACAACAACAGCAGCAACAACAUCAACAACAAGACAGUAAACGGAACUCGUCAACAUCACAAGGGUCUGGGUGUGAGAAUAUAGCAUCAGUAGAAGCUGAUCCUGAAUGGGCGCCCCACGUUGACCUUGGGAAGCAGUUGGCGACACUACAUGGGUUGCUGGUUGAUAGCCUACCUAAAUUACCAACUGGGAGAACACAGGAGCUUGACCCACUGAAUGACAUAUUGGAUGAGCUCAGCAAGAAGUUAGCGAACAAUGACAUUGGACCAACAACCCAAGUGGCUGAUAAUAUUUUUAGGUUCAACGAUCCCACUUGCAAUACCCCAACGAAACAGAGCACCGAAAACGUUGUAUCAAAUGGUCCACUCAAUAACUUUGCACACAGUUCACCUAUUAUGAACAAAAAUGGCGUUCAGUUCAAUAUAAGUCCAUCGAAAUCGAACGCGGAAGAAUCAAAGUACAAAGGAUCUUUUGUGACUGUCACAAAAUCGCCCAGUUUUAAUCUACGAUCAGCCACACUACCACGAAACGGUUACGGCUCAAGCCCUAACCAAAACGUCAAUCCUGAUAGAUACAGCUCCCAAUACAACAACCAGGAACAUUGCGUUAACCUAAAAGUGGUACAAAUCGGCUUCGGCUCGGACCAGUUCCCCAAAGGCAUCAGUAACGGCUUAAACGAAAGUUUAGAAAGAAGGUACCAGGAUAGAUACAAGCCAAACAAUUUCAACCAACAGCAUUAUAACUCCAAUUAUAGUACGGAACGAUCCCCGAGUGGCGACAGCAUCAAUCAUAAUUAUUGCGCUAAUGAGAUGCAGAAUAUUAUGAAAGAAACCGCCACUUUAGACGAGCUAUCAGACCUCUUGAAGUAUGCGGACGAUUCGGAUAUCGUCGACGAGAAAGUUAUGAACAAGAAGAACAUAGCACAAUCCAAGUCUAAUAAUAAUAUUGUGAACGGAAGCAAAAAUUCUUAUACAAAUAACGGUUCAAACGUGUCUAUCAGCGGUUUGUCAAAUGUCGCCAGCUCCGGUUACCAAAGCAUCGCAACGUACAGCCAAAGCUCCAGUCCCAUCGAAAACACUACACAUCACCACCAGCCUUAUGAAAACGGCGGUCAGCCCUUGAGCCGGUUCUCGCAGCUAAACUACCAAAAACAGAGAGACAAACAGUAUUACGAUAGUAAAAACGAGAAGUUCUACCCGAAGAGCCCAGUGCAGCAAAAAAUUGAGUAUGAUAUUCAAAAAUAUGGGAUACAGAAUUUCACCACGGCUGAUAAUGUACAAAAUAAUAAAAAUUCAAGUUCAAAAGUAGCUCCAUUAGUGUUCACCAACCCCGUCUACAAUAUGGAGGACAACCGACAGUCACAGGAAGCCAAAAAAAGUGAGAACAGAAACUCCAAGCGAUGUCCAUGUGGCUCAUCCAGUUCAUCGAUCGAUGAGGAGGGCUUGAGCACUGACAACGCGGAGACUAACUCUGAAGAGGGUUCUACCAACUUCAACGACGAUGGUAGAAACUUUGACAAACAGAAUCGCAACAAUACCCACCGAAAACUCGCCAGAGAUAAUUGUAAUUUUGAAGACGUCUAUCAGAGGAGCAAUCAUAGCAACUCGCCUAGGAUAAGGGACGACGAAUCGUCCAGCAAUUCGCCGAGUCUACGCAAAAGUAAGACGCGAAUGCCCAGAACAAACCCUAUGCUCUCUUACUCAACAAAUCAAAACCAGAACCUGAAGCACUUCGGUCAGCGAGGCGAGUCUCUCUACGAAAGCAAGCCUCAUCAUAUUUCCACAGACUCUGGCUACCCCAUGAGCCGUUCAGAUUCGAACGUCGAAGAGGUUAACAAAGAAAUGUAUCGUUUGCAAAUAUCGCGAAGCCAAAAAGCAUUGUACAACAUGGAGGCGAAGAAUUCGCCUGAAAAGUUUGUGAAUGACAAUGCAGUUCAAGAGACGAACUAUCCCCUGGAUAGAGCGUAUUCAGGGGCAAAGUUGUCAGGUAGUAGGUUAAAUGAAGAUAUGGAGAGGCAGGAAUAUUAUGCGAUAAGAGAGAGACGGGAGUCGCCGUCUCGAGUGUUUAGCCGCGAGUCGCACUCCAGCGAGGCAAGUGAGAGGGUUCCGGUGCGUUGUGAGAGGGAACUGCCAGUAAGGGACAAGCUUCAACGGCGGCUUAGCUUAGAGUCAGCGAGGGAAUUAACAGAUAGUUCAGAUGAGUUGGAUGACACCUUGUAUAGCACAACAGGUCGGAGACGCAGCAAACAUCACAGAACUAUCGAACAGUAUGAACGUGAAAUCGAGAGAUUGAAAUGUUCCGUAGAGCUGUUACGAGGGCGAUUAGGUCCCACAGAGUCCGGACAAGAUCACACGGAUGCAAAGAUGAAGGCAAUAAUAUCCAGAUUAAUCUGCGUAGAAGAAGAACUAAGGCGGGAACAGCGCAAAAUGGCGGCCGCACUAUCUCACAAACAGAGGGUAAUAGAGGCGCAGGAGCAUCGAAUAGCCGCACUAGACGAGGCCAACACACGCCUUUUGUCAGCGUUAGUACAUUUACAACAGAGGGCGCCACACACACCCACACACAACACACACAACACACACAAUAACUCACACUCGCCGCACUCACACCAAGAACUUCAAAUAUAAUCUUAUAAAGUACACCGUAUUUUGCAUUUUCAAACGUAAAUUUUUCAUCUGUAAAUUUAAUUUCGAAUAUAAUUUAUUUAUAUGUUUUCUCGUACAUUUUAGUAUAUGUAUAUUAUUAAAAUACUUCAAAGCUUUUGACCUCUUUCGUUAUCGAUAAGUACAUAUAUUUGUUAAUUAUCUAUAGUCAUUAUAAUAUUAGUGCUUCAUCGAGUAUAAAAAUAAAUAAAUAAAAUGGUUUUAUAAUAAAAAAUAAUCUAUAGUUUACCAAAGAUGGCAAAAGAGGUCGCUAAUUCGUUUUUUAAGGGCAUUUUCAAAGAUUCAUGUGACUUUCACUUUUACAUAGCGAUUGGUAGAUUCUAAAAUAUGCACAAAUAAACGAACAAACUUAUUUAAAUGCAUUUCUAAUUAUGUUGUAUUGAAUAUUGUUAUUUUUAAAAAUCUUUAAUCACAAUUGUUUUGCCAUUUUUGUUUUGUUACAUUAGUUUUAAUGAGUUAUGCUUUAAAUCAAUUUCGUUUAUCAGUAUUCUGUAUAAUUCUGGUUUCAAGUGACAUUUCUAUAAUGAUACCAAAGACAAUGAAUCCCUAAGGCUAUGUACGCACUGACGGGGGAUUUCCUAUUAAAUACAGGUUUAAUCUCUCCUUAAUAUUUCCAUGGUGGCACUUGAAGGUUCUAUGAUUAAGUGGCAAUAUCUUGCAAUAAUACUUCUAAAUAAAUUUUAAGUCCCAGAAAUACUUUAAUUAGCUAUCCUAUCACCCCAAAUAAAAUACGCGUUCAGGCGCUGAUUUUAUCACCGUAGCAUGCUUUAGCUUUUAUCCCUCCCGUCAGUAUAUACGUAAUCUAACUAGAGUGAAGUGGGUAUACUGCGAUUCUCUAGAUUUAAUGUGUUAUAGAUUUUAUAAGACUUGUAUUAUAAGUAUGAAUAAUGUAGUCGGUAUUGGAUAGAAGAGAAAUAUUUUUAAUACCUAUGAGUAUUAUGUGUGUAUUAGACAGGACAAAUAAAUUUCACAUUUUGGAAAUGUAUUAAAUUAUAUAAAACCGUUUGGAUUUGCAAUCGAUAGAAACAACUUGGUUGUUCCAUAAUUAAUUUUUAAGCCAUAAUUUUUUUGUAAAUAUACCUAUAUAGGUAUAUAAUUAUAUCUUUACUUAUCACAUUAAAUUAUGA